UCAAGGCAAAAUUUUUUUCCUCCAUCACAAACGUGGGGGAUGGUGAACGCUAUUUGGUUUCUUCAAACUUUUUAAAGUAACGAAAAACUGAGCUGGGGUAAGCUUUGUGCUGGAAUUUAAAACGCAACAUUUGUUUACAACUUUUACGCACCGCAUUUGUACGAUGCCGAGAUUUUCAAUAGUAUGUGAGAGAGAAAGGAGGCAUAAAAAACUUUGGAAUCGGAAGAAAAGACAUUUCUUUUAAAGUCUAAAAUGUCGAAUCAGGGCUCUAGGAAAUAUCCACACUUUGACUUGGUUUGAAACCUUCAAGCGCAUCGCGCACGAGUGGAGAUCGACAGUUUAUUUGGAAACAUUUGAUGAAACAUCGCUACAUUGUUGGGUCUCCAAGAUGUCCUCCAAGCGCCUCUGCUCCAUUGUUGGAGGCGUUUGGAUGCUUUGGAUCUGGGCAGCAACCUCUAUAAUCACUCAGGCGGUUAUCUUGCACCCAAAUGAAACGGUAUUCAACGACUUUUGCAAGAAAUCGACAGCUUGUGAAGUACUAAAAUACAAUACGUGCCUUGGUUCACCUUUGCCGUACACGCACACAUCUCUGAUUCUGGCUGAAGACUCAGAAACUCAAGAGGAAGCCUUGGAGAAAUUGGCCAUGUGGUCUGGGUUGAGAAAUGCUCCUCGCUGUUGGGCCAUCAUUCAGCCGUUGCUGUGUGCUGUUUACAUGCCAAAAUGCGAGAAUGGAAAGGUCGAACUGCCCAGCCAGCACCUGUGCCAAGCUACACGCAAACCUUGCAGUAUUGUGGAGAGGGAGAGGGGCUGGCCCAACUUCCUCAAGUGUGAAAACAAGGAGCAGUUCCCUAAGGGUUGCCAGAAUGAGGUCCAGAAGAUCAAAUUCAACACUUCAGGACAGUGUGAGGCUCCCUUGGUCAAAACUGACAUCCAGGCAAGUUGGUACAAGGACGUGGAAGGUUGUGGGAUCCAGUGCAACAAUCCCCUGUUCACGGAAGAUGAGCACUCGGACAUGCAUAACUACAUUGCCAUCUUCGGCUCCAUCACUCUCCUAUGUACAUUCUUUACGCUGGCCACAUUUCUCGCCGACUGGAAGAAUUCCAACCGUUACCCCGCUGUGAUCCUCUUUUACGUCAAUGUAUGUUUCUUUAUCGGAAGUAUUGGAUGGCUCGCUCAGUUCAUGGAUGGAGCCCGCAAGGAGAUUGUGUGCAAAAGCGACGACACUAUGCGGCUUGGAGAGCCAUCAUCCACCGAGACGCUGUCAUGCGUGAUUAUCUUCAUCAUUGUGUAUUAUUCUCUAAUGUCUGGGGUCAUUUGGUUUGUUAUGCUCACUUAUGCCUGGCACACAUCGUUUAAAGCCCUGGGAACCACCCAUCUACCUCUGUCUGGAAAAACAUCCUAUUUUCACCUGGUCACAUGGUCUAUUCCUUUCAUACUGACAGUUGCUAUACUGGCCAUUGCAGAGGUGGAUGGAGAUUCAGUUAGCGGCAUUUGCUUUGUUGGCUAUAAGAACUACAGAUACCGUGCAGGGUUUGUUCUGGCUCCUAUCGGGGUGGUCCUUGUCGUUGGUGGCUAUUUCCUGAUACGAGGGGUUAUGACAUUGUUUUCCAUUAAAAGUAACCAUCCGGGGCUGCUCAGUGAAAAAGCUGCUAGUAAAAUCAAUGAAACCAUGCUGAGGCUUGGUAUAUUUGGAUUCUUAGCCUUUGGUUUUGUUUUCAUCACAUUCGGCUGCCAUUUCUAUGACUUUUUCAACCAAGCUGAGUGGGAAAAAAGCUUCAGGGAAUAUGUACUAUGUGAGGCUAAUGUCACCAUAGCUCACCAGACCAACAAGCCGAUCCCAGAGUGUGCCAUCAAGAACAGGCCUAGUCUGCUGGUGGAGAAGAUCAACCUCUUCUCAAUGUUCGGUACAGGCAUUGCAAUGAGCACAUGGGUCUGGACGAAGGCCACCAUCCUUAUCUGGAAACGCACCUGGUUCAGAAUCAUUGGAAGAAGUGACGAUGAGCCGAAACGCAUUAAGAAGAGUAAAAUGAUUGCCAAGGCAUUCUCAAAGCGAAAAGAACUGCAGAAGGAUCCAGAGAAAGAGCUGUCCUUCAGCAUGCACACCGUUUCUCAUGAGGGACCUGUGGCGGGUAUCAACUUUGACCUGAAUGAGCCGUCAAUGGAAAUGUCUUCUGCGUGGGCCCAACAUGUGACCAAGAUGGUGGCUAGAAGAGGGGCAAUUUUACCACAGGAUAUCUCAGUGACGCCCACCGGAACACCUGUUCCGCCUCCAGAGGAAAGAAACAAACUUUGGAUGGUUGAAGCAGAAAUUUCUCCUGAAAUGAUGAAAAGAAAGAAGAAGAAGAAAAAGAGAAGGAAGGAAAUACGGCCAACGGGUCCUACAGCGGACGAAGGGAAGACUGCCUACCACCGGAGGGAGUUUGGCCCCUGCUCAGUCCCCCGUCUCCCAAAACUUCCAGGUCACCAGAGUCUGUUGGCUAACCUGUGGGAGCAGCAGCAACAGCGGCAGGAGGAACAGGAUAUGCUACCUGGAGCCUUCCCUGAAUUCAGGCCUUCAUGUCCUCUUCCUUACCAGGAGAGAUAUGGUGGUUUGGGAUAUUUAUGCAAUAAACCCUCCAGCCUCCCCCUUGCCAAUCCCCUGAUGCUAAGAGAUAGCAUGCAAGAUGAUUCAGAUGGCUUCCAGCAAUCAUCAUGGAAACCUAAUGGGGUUUUCCGGCACCUUGGGAAGGAAGCAUCCGUGAUGGGUGCUGGCAGGACUGCUGUUGUGCCACGGGCCGAUGGCAGGAGGGGUGUACCAAUACACUCCAGAACAAAUCUUAUGGAGGCUGAGCUACUGGAUGCUGACUCAGAUUUUUAAAUCUUUGGAGUUGUUGGUGCUCAUUUUGCGCUGUGAAAGGUGCUGCAUACUCAUGCCAAACAAUGAACCUGAAGCAGAAGUGGGUUCGAACUGCUGUGCCAGCUCUGCUUGUCUAAAGGAUAAUACUUUUUUAUGCAACUCUCAUGAUAAUGAGAAUUAUGAACUGGAUUUAUGAAACAUUAUUAAAGAGUCAUAAAAACAUUUGUGCCUUCGACAUGGAUUUUGUAACAUCCCACAUGUGAUUGUGGUGACAAUACAUAUUGUUCAGUUUGCUAGCUGGGCUAAUAUGACAUCAUUUUGAUUCCUUUCUAUGUUUGGAACAGGUUAGUGUGUAAAGGGGCUUCAUUUAGGAAUGCCACAUAAUUUGGAUCUUAGCUUAAAGGGGAAUUGUGUAAUUUCUGCAGCACUGGAGUUACCAAACGGAAUCACAAAAGUAUGAAUAUUGACUAUUUUCAAACAGGUUUCCCCAUCUGCUAUUGGUCAGUCAGACAUGCCAUUGGUUGAGCCAAUUAUGCUGUGUUGAUGUUCAAACAAGCAUAGUGUACGAAUCAGUGUGCAAAUGGCUUAUUUAAAGUUGUCCCGACAUUAAAUUGGGAUAGGUAAAAGUAUGUUUAACAUGGAGUAACACCAGCUUGUAGUGGGCCUAUAGUCUGUAAUAUGAUCACUGGUAUGAAAAAAAUACACAGUCUGUAGUCUGUACUGUAUCUGUUGGAAAACCUCACAAUUAAACAUCCUUGGCCACACCUUUAUAGACAUAAAGAAAAGUAACUGACAAAAGUGCUAUUUUUUCAGAAAAAGAGAAUUUAUUCAGCUAUUAUUGUUACUUUUUUGUUUGGAAAAAUUGCCUGGUGCAAUCACAAACAAGUCCACCUCUCUCAUUCAAAGAGUAAGAGAACAUAAAGGGCAUUGUUUUUGUUUGUUUAAAAAUUGUAGCUCAAAAUGCCAAUGGUUAUGUAAGAUUCUGUUUCCAUUGACAAUUAUCUCUGUACAGUGCUAUUACAAAAACUAUUUUUCUACUUUAUAUUGUUUUUUUCACCUGUUUUAUUUUAUAUUAUUUUAAACUGUACAUAAUUAA